AUGGACGCCUUCUUUGAGCGAGAGCCGAAGGGCAAGGGUUCUGCAGCCCCCGAACGCCCAUUGCUGUUUCCUCAGCAGCCCGAGCCGCAGCAGCACCUACAGCAGGGGGACGAUGAGGUGGAUCCUCUUGAUGCUUUUAUGGCCGGUGUGAAUGAGACCCUUGUCCGAGAGAAAGCAGAAUUUGAGGAAAAGCAACGAAGGGAAGCAGCCGGAGAAGGGAGACAGACGGAGAAAGAACGCUUUUUCGACGACGAGGACAUUGCAGCGGAGUCAAUUGAACAUCUCAAUGCUCAAAAGGCCCUUUCACAGGCUGAGGCCACAAGAGGAAAGAGGAAGGCGCAGACGCAGACCAACAGUGGAGCAACAGAUGACGAAGAUGAGACCCGUGGCCGCUCUCUUCCCGUAGUAGCCCAUGACGAAAUUGUAUAUCCCCCUUACACAGUGGACCUGUACAAAGAACACCCAGACGUUACAGCCCUCAGUUUGGAGGCCGUGGCGAAGGUUCGCGAUUCUUUGCAGCUCCACACCACUGGCAAACAGGCGCCCCGACCGAUUGCUUCUUUUCUUCACCUUAAGGAUUCCAUUCCAAAGGGUCUGUGGACGGCACUGCAACGGCGGGACUACCGCCUCCCCACUGCCGUGCAGGCAGCGGCCAUCCCGGCGCUCUUAAAAGGCAGAGACUGCCUGGCUGUGGCGCAAACAGGCAGUGGCAAGACAGCCGCUUACCUCAUCCCACUACUAACGCGUGUAUGCAGUCUUAAGGAAAAAGACAACUGGACCGCUUGCCAAGCAACGUUUAAAGACCCCUCGAAGCAACCCCCGGCGAAGGAACAGCGGGCGGGGCCCUCAGCGGUCAUAAUAUGUCCUACCAGGGAGCUGGCGGUGCAAGUGGACGGGGAGAUCCACAGCUUCUCUCGAGGGGGGGCGGAGUUGGAUGUGAGCCGGCUGUUGUUGGCAGGAGGCUUCGACAAGACGGAGCAGUUUCGAGCGCUGCGGCGGGGUCCCGAUGUUGUGGUCUGCAACCCGGGACGCAUGAUAGACGUCUGCAGUCUCAAAGGCCUCAGCGGCAUUUUUCAUAAAGUUGUCAUGGCGGUUGUCGAUGAAGCGGACAAGAUGGUUCAAAUGGGCUUUGAGUGCCAGCUGAGAGAUGUUCUCUCCUCUCUCAGGCCGGACAGAGUUACCUGCAUGUUCAGCGCUACCAUGCCUCGCAAGUCGGGACGCAGCCCUACAAAACGAACCAACGCUCAGCAUAGCAGCCCGUCUGAGUCUCUGGUUUGCAGCAAAUUUCUUCGUAACCCGAUUCGGAUCAUCGUCGGUGAGGGAGGACAGGCUGCACAAACGGUUCACCAAAGGGUUCAAGUAUUGGACGGCGAGCAGGCGAAGUUCGAUUGGCUCUCUAAGAACUUGCUUCGGCUACUUGCGUUGUCGCAGCAGCCUGAGAAGCAGCAGCAGUGCGGUUCACGGCCGCCGCCGACAACGGUAGCUGAAGCUGCUGCUGCUGGAGGAGUCGUCUUUUGCAACUCUCAGCAGAGGGUGGAAGACUUAGCCUUCCUGUUGGAAGGGGUUCUUGCGCAAAUAGUAGAGGCGGACGCGCGGUCAGCACCUGGAACAGCAGCAGCAGAGACAGAAACGGCGCCAGCUGGGGACGCCGCAUCUCGAGCAGCAGCUGCGCGUCUUCUUGGGGGCGAGACUUCACAAGACCUUCGAAAGAACGCCAACCAAACAUUCAGGUAUGUGGCAAUACUGCACGGCGGGAUGCAGCAGGGCGAACGUCUUGCCGUGAUGCGUCGCAUGCAGCAGCACUUUCUGGGCGACUCGGGUUCGAAUCGGACCCCAUUGGUGCUGGUAGCGACGGACGUUGCUGCACGAGGGCUCGACUUCCCUCCGGCUCUCUCCCUUGUUAUUUGUUAUGAUGCUCCACAUGAUCCUGAGGUAUACGUUCACCGCAUAGGCCGUGCGGGCAGAGCUGGCCGGUCGGGUCUCGCAUGCUCGCUAUUGACAAAACAAGAAAAACGCCAAGCGGCUUUUGUUGUGGAAAAGAUGGAGAUGUCCGGACAAACUGUCCCACGGUCCUUGUUAGACUUCGCUAUGCAGUUUCCGGCCUUCAGGGAGGCGCGGCUCUCCGGUCUCCGGAUGGUCUGGCAAGGAGGCAAGACUGGCCGGGAGCUGAGGCAGCAACAAAAUACUUCUUUUGGAGGAUUGGGAUUUGAUACGGGCUGUCGGGUGGAGGGUGCGGAAGGUUCACUAGCGUCUAACGCUCCAUCUAUGGCACAAGCUGCAGCGGCAGCAGCUGCAGCAGCUGCAGCCGCUGCUGCAGCUGCAACUCGACCGGUCACAGCGGAUACGCCGUCUUCAGGAGGUGGAGGGGACAUUGCCCCUAAUGGGUCUGUAUCUCAUCCUGCCGGCGCGUUGAGCAACAAGAGAGGCCGAGGCGUCAGCAGUGGCUCUCUACACUGGAGGCCCGAAGAGACCAGAGGCAGCAACAGGAGCAGCAGCGGAACCGAAAUCGCCGAGAGAGAAGUCCCUCUCCCCGCCGGUCCUUCAGAGAACGUCCCCAGCAGACCUCGCCGACUCUGUACUCAAACGAAGUCGGUUGAUGGCCGUCGUUGCCAAGAGCCGGCAACGCGGAAUAAUGCGAUACACAGCAAAGCAACCGAUGAGACUAUGCGUGUAAAUACUAAGUUAGGCAUUUUAAAGACCACAACGGUGACAUUUCAGUCUGCAUAUGCUGAGCUGUUACCAGCAGUGAAUCCGUCGACACACACUGCAGGGGCUGUGGCGGACAUCUCGGUGGCUUUCGAAGCCCUGGGCUCCCAGCUGGGAGUUUCGGGGAGCCCUGAAUUCCUAGGACAUUGGGACCCUUCGCGGUGUCUUCCCUUGCUACCAUACAGUGCACCAGCUGAAAAAGGACUGGAGCCGAGCCUCUGGUUUGCAGAUGUAGAAGUCGCCGGGCGAUCUCUGGAAGGUUCUGCCGUUUCGCCCGUUGUUCAAAGUGAAUGCGCCAGCGAGCAACGGAAUGGCCCCACAAGCGCUGACGAUUUGUUCUCAGGUCGGCUCAUUGCCGCCGUGGCCAAAAAGUAUUCAUCCCAUAAGGGAAGCGCAUGCAUAGGGAGCCUGCCCGAUAUGCGCUGCACAACUGACGAUGAAACAUCAGGCGUAGCGGCGGCCGCUGCAUUUCGCAUUGACCAUCAGUCACCGGAAAUUAUUGCUAUACUGGAUAGUCACCCACUCAAAAUGGUGCAGUUCGAGUACAAAUUUAUUCUGUGGACUCAGAAGAAUCCAGUUGCACCAUACGUUCCGGACACGCCUGGGGAGUCAUUUCAUUGCGUUGCAUAUGGCAGCCUGUUCUACACUUGGCGCACUUGGUUGUUUCCUCCACCUCCUGCUCAGCUCACGGAGCCUCCCUCACAGGCAAUGCAGAUUAUGUGGGAAGGCAGUGGCCCCGGCAGCAACAGAAAGUUUCACUUUGACCCGAUGGACGUCAUAGUGGAUAAGUGCGAAAGAGGCAACCUAGAAGUGCUUUAUCUUUGCAAGAUUGCAAGGUUCGACGAUGCACGAGGUACACCCGAGGCACCCGCCGAAUCCACACUGAUUUGCAUAGCUGGGAAUGUAAAUGAACUUAAUUACACGGUACGUUUCUACAACAGUAUCAAGGCCGACGGGAGCAUGCACUACUCGAGGAUUCUACCUAAGCUGUAUGUGGGGUCAUGCCCCCGCCAGGUCAAACACAUUCUCCAGCUCAAGCAGAACUUGAAAGUGACCGCAGUUUUCAACCUCCAGACUGCAGAAGAUAUCAAGGUCAAUUCUCCCGACCCCAUUUGUAGCACGCGGACGCCAGAAGCAGUGAGCCACAUUUACGAAUCCGCCGGCCUGCGGUAUGUCUGGAUGCCUACAGAGGACAUGAGCGACGCCUGCCGAAAGCUUGCAGUGGCACAGUGUGCACUGGUAUUAGAUGCCUUAAUACGGAACGGCCACACUGUGUACGUUCACUGCAAUGCUGGAGUUGGAAGAAGCGUUGCAGCAGUCAGCGCUUACCUGUGCUUCUGCGUCGGCCUCGACCUGAGGAAGGCUAAUUUUUUUGUCAGCACGCGACGACCCGUCGCCUACUGGGACGAAAAGGCAAUUAGAGUGGGCCUUUUAGACUACCAGGCUAAAUUUGGCAAAGCGUUUAGUAGUUAG